AUGUCCGCUAUUCCUGCCACCCCCAAAUUAGUGCCUGUGUUCUCCAUGAAGCUCCAGCUUCUGGGUGCCCCACAAGCUUUGUUCACGGACAGCUCCAAGAAGGCCGUGUCCAACAUGGCCAUCGUGGCCACGGGUCAAAUCACCACCAUCAAAAACGACUUGGGCUUCGAAUUGGACGUCUUUGACAUGGCUGGCUAUGACAACAUCACCGCCCACUUGGAGAAAGGAUACAACGAAUUGGACGCCCACAUCCACGGCAAGACAAGCGCUGGUGAAGACAUCAGAGUGGACUACUAUGGAAUCUCCCAGUCGCUGCCCGGCCUCGAUGCCGUUCUUGCCGGAAAGGCCACUUCUCAUUCUUUCGAGGACAGCUACUUGACGAACAGCCCCAGAUUUUCCUUCACUGCCCCACCCCCCGAAAACUUGAAGUGGCUCGAGAAAGAGAACCUCAUCGGCAAGGGCCACUUCUUGGUGGAGGACGAGAAGGUGUUUGUUGAGUACUUCGUCUACGUGGUCCGCUAA